AUGUUGCCUUUUUUCCUCACGCUGGGAUGGUUUAAUUCUCCUCUCUGAAGCCCAUUCCCCAUUACAAAAAGAGACUCAUAUACUCCGGACACUCCGACAAUUGCAAGCCCCUCAAGCUGGAGUGUACCGGGACGGGAACCAUCGUUAACCGCAGCGUGUUGCCGGGGGAGCAGCAGGUGGAGGAGCGCAGAUUGGCGUGAGGGCACCUGGAGAGAGAGCACACAGUAGGAAGCCAAUGGCGGCUUUGCAGCUGGGGAAGCUGGUGCUGGGAUGGGCCGCCGUCUGUUGGGCGGCACUCCAAGCAGCGCAUGGCCAGCUGGACGGGAACCUGCAGGCCAGUCGCUUCACGGGGCGGGUGGACGAGAGGGAGUCCCUGAGGGUACGAAGAAGGGGCCAGGAGUCCCUGAGAGGGCCCAAUGUGUGUGGAUCUCGUUUCCAUUCCUACUGCUGUCCUGGGUGGAAAACACUCCCAGGAGGAAAUCAGUGCAUCGUCCCCAUCUGCAGGAAUUCCUGUGGGGAAGGCUUCUGUUCACGCCCCAACAUGUGCACAUGUUCCAACGGACAGCUGUCCCCCGGCUGUGGGGCUACGUCAGUGCAGUCCUGCAACGUCCGGUGUAUGAAUGGUGGGAGCUGCAAUGACGACAGCUGCCUGUGCCAGAAGGGCUACACUGGAACUCACUGCGGCCAGCCCGUCUGCGAGAACGGCUGUCAGAACGGCGGGCGCUGCAUCGGCCCCAACCGCUGCGCCUGCGUGUACGGCUUCACCGGCCCGCAGUGCGAGAGAGAUUACCGCACUGGGCCGUGCUUCACUCAGGUCAACAACCAGAUGUGCCAGGGUCAGCUGAGUGGCAUCGUCUGCACCAAGACUCUCUGCUGUGCUACCAUUGGCCGUGCUUGGGGUCACCCGUGCGAAAUGUGCCCAGCCCAGCCACACCCCUGCCGACGUGGUUUCAUCCCCAACGUUCGUACGGGGGCCUGCCAGGAUGUGGACGAGUGCCAGGCCAUUCCGGGGCUGUGCCAGGGUGGGAACUGCAUCAACACUGUGGGGUCCUAUGAGUGCAAGUGCCCUGCUGGGCACAAACAGAGCGAAGUCAACCAGAAGUGCGAGGACAUCGACGAGUGCAGCACCAUCUCUGGAGUCUGUGGUGGUGGGGAGUGUACCAACACAGCGGGCAGCUACGUCUGUACUUGUCCCCGUGGCUAUGUCACCAGCGCAGAUGGUUCCAGAUGUGUGGGUAACUGCGCAAGCGAGCUGACGGGACAGUACACCAAGAUGCAGUGCUGCUGUGACACGGGCCGCUGCUGGGCCGUGGGGCAGAUCCCCGAAAUGUGUCCUGUCAGGGGUUCUGAUGUGGACGAAUGUGUCAGCAAUCCCUGUGUGAACGGCGACUGUGUGAACACCCCAGGAUCAUACCACUGCAAGUGCCACGAUGGUUACCAGAGCACCUCUACCAAGCAGGCCUGUAUUGAUAUCGACGAGUGUAUUGUCAACGGCGUUAUGUGCCGCAAUGGCCGCUGUGUCAACACUGACGGCAGUUUCCAGUGCAUCUGCAACGCCGGUUUCGAGCUCACCCCUGACGGCAAGAACUGUAUAGACCACGAUGAGUGUGCCACCACCAACAUGUGUCUCAAUGGGAUGUGCAUCAAUGAAGAUGGCAGCUUCAAGUGCAUCUGUAAACCAGGCUUUGCCCUGGCGCCCAGUGGCCGCUACUGUACUGACAUCGACGAGUGCCAGACGCCGGGGAUUUGCAUGAACGGGCGCUGCAUCAACUCGGAGGGCUCCUACCGCUGCGAGUGUCCGCCAGGCCUGGCCAUCGACGUGGACGGGCGCGUCUGCGUGGACACGCACAUGCGCAGCACCUGCUACGGGGCCAUCAAGAUGGGCACCUGCUCCCGGCCCCUCCCCGGAGCCGUUACGAAAUCAGAGUGCUGCUGCACCAGCCCCGAGCACGGCUUCGGGGAGCCCUGCCUGCCCUGCCCGGCCCGCAGCUCAGCGGAAUUCCAGGCUCUGUGCAGCAGUGGGAUUGGGAUCACGGCAGACGGCAGAGACAUCAAUGAGUGUGCCUUGGACCCGGAUAUCUGUCCGAAUGGCAUGUGCGAGAAUCUGAGAGGGAGCUACCGCUGCAUCUGCAACAUCGGCUACGAAUCUGACACCAGUGGGAAAAACUGUGUCGACAUCAACGAGUGUUUGGUGAAUCGCUUGCUGUGCGAUAAUGGACUGUGCCGCAACACCCCGGGCAGCUACUCCUGCUCCUGUCCCACAGGCUUUGUCUUCAAGGCAGAUUCGGAGACCUGCGAGGACGUGAACGAGUGCGAGUCUAGCCCCUGCGUCAACGGAGUGUGCCGCAACACGGCGGGGUCCUUCAACUGCGAGUGUUCCCGUGGCAGCAAGCUGGACUCCACCAACACGGUCUGCGUGGACAGCAUGAAGGGCACGUGCUGGCUGAACAUUCAGGAUGGGCGCUGCGAGGUCAACAUCAACGGUGCCACUCUGAAGUCGGAGUGCUGCUCCACCCUGGGGGCCGCCUGGGGGAGCCCGUGCGAGCGCUGUGAGAUUGACGCAGCAUGUCCCAGAGGAUUUGCACGGAUGAAGGGAGUCACCUGUGAAGAUGUGAACGAAUGCGAGGUGUUUCCUGGCGUGUGCACUAACGGGCGCUGUGUGAACACCCCGGGGUCCUUCCGCUGUGAAUGCACAGAGGGACUAACCCUGGACGGGACUGGGCGCACCUGUGUGGAUGUUCGUAAGGAGCAGUGCUAUCUGAAGUGGGAUGAGGAUGAGUGUGGGGAGCCCCUGCCAGGGAAGUUCCGUGUGGACAUGUGCUGCUGUUCGGUGGGCUCAGCCUGGGGCGUUGACUGUGAGGAGUGUCCCAAACCUGGGACUCCUGAGUACAAGACCAUCUGCCCGCGGGGCCCAGGCUUUGCCAGUCGAGGGGAUUUGUUAACUGGACGGCCCUUCUACAAAGAUGUGAACGAGUGCAAGGUGUUCCAGGGGCUGUGUUCCCAUGGGACGUGCCAGAACACCAUAGGCAGCUUCAAGUGCCGGUGCAACAGUGGCUUUGCCCUCAACAUGGAGGAGAGAAACUGCACAGAUAUCGACGAGUGCCGGAUCUCUCCAGACCUGUGUGGCCAUGGGACGUGUGUGAACACGCCGGGCAGCUUCGAUUGCGAGUGCUUUGAGGGUUACGAGAGUGGCUUCAUGAUGAUGAAGAACUGCAUGGACAUCGACGAGUGUGAGCGAGACCCCCUGCUCUGUCGCGGUGGGACAUGUAUCAACACUGAAGGCAGCUAUGAGUGUGACUGUCCCCCCGGCCACACUCUCACCCCUGAGGGCGCAGCCUGUGUGGAUGUGAAUGAGUGUGAACUCAGUGACAACCUCUGUCGCAACGGGCGCUGUGUGAACGUUGUGGGCACCUACCAGUGUACUUGUGACACCGGAUACCAGGUCACGCCGGACAGGCAAGGCUGUAUAGACAUUGAUGAGUGUGAGGAGACUCCGGAUAUCUGUGACGGAGGACAGUGUACAAACAUCCCUGGCGAGUAUCGCUGUCUCUGCUUCGAUGGCUUCAUGGCGUCCAUGGACAUGCGGACCUGUAUCGAUGUCAAUGAGUGCGACCUGAACCCCAACAUCUGUCUCCAUGGAGACUGUGAGAACACCAAGGGCUCCUUCAUUUGUCACUGUCAGCUGGGUUACUUUGUGAAGAAGGGUUCCACAGGCUGCACAGACAUUGAUGAAUGCGAGAUCGGGGCACACAACUGUGACAUGCAUGCGGCCUGCAUCAACGUACCGGGGAGCUUCAAAUGUCGCUGCCGAGAUGGCUGGGUGGGCGAUGGAAUCAAGUGCGUGGACCUGGACGAGUGUGCAACGGAGGAACACAGCUGCAAUUCCAACGCUAACUGCGUGAACACGCCUGGCUCCUACCGCUGCACCUGCAAGGAGGGCUUCAACGGCGACGGCUUCUCCUGCUCAGACGUGGACGAGUGUGCGGACAACGUCAACCUGUGUGAGAAUGGGCAGUGCCUCAACGCCCCUGGAGGGUAUCGCUGCGAGUGUGAGAUGGGUUUCACGCCCACAGAAGACAGUAAAGCCUGCCAGGACAUUGAUGAAUGUAACUUCCAGAACAUCUGCGUGUUUGGCACCUGUCAGAACUUGCCGGGCAUGUUCCGCUGUGUGUGUGAUGAUGGUUAUGAGCUUGACCGCAGCGGGGGCAACUGUACAGAUGUAAAUGAGUGUGCUGAUCCAGUCAACUGCAUAAACGGACUGUGUGUGAACACACCGGGCAGCUAUCUGUGUAACUGUCCUCCAGAUUUUGAGCUCAACCCCACCGGUGUGGGCUGUGUGGCGGAAUACCAGCUUCUGUGUGGAAACCAGGCACCAGGCUUCAUCAUUGACAUUCACACAGGAAAACCCAUUGAUAUCGACGAAUGCCGCGAGAUCCCUGGGAUUUGUGCCAAUGGUGUGUGUAUCAACCAGAUCGGCAGCUUCCGGUGCGAGUGUCCCAUGGGAUUCAGCUACAACAACAUCCUGCUGAUUUGUGAAGAUAUUGAUGAGUGCAACAGUGGGGAAAACUUGUGCCAGCGUAAUGCCAACUGCAUCAACAUCCCUGGCAGCUAUCGCUGUGAAUGCUCGCCCGGGUUCAAGCUUUCCCCCAGCGGAGCAUGCUGUCUCUGUCACAACGGCUUCAAGGCGACGGCCGAUCAGACCAUGUGCAUGGACAUCGACGAGUGUGAUCGUCAGCCCUGCGGAAAUGGCACCUGUAAGAACACUGUGGGCUCCUACAACUGCCUCUGCUUCCCCGGAUUCGAGCUCACCCACAACAAUGACUGCAUGGAUGUGGACGAAUGCACGGCGCUGGUGGGCCAGGUGUGUCGGAACGGCCAGUGUGUUAACAGCCAGGGCUCUUUCCAGUGCUUGUGUCAGGAAGGCUACGAGCUCACGCUGGAUGGCAAGAACUGUGUUGAUGUCAAUGAGUGUAUAAGUUUACCUGGGACCUGCUCUCCCGGGACCUGCCAGAACCUGGAUGGCUCUUUCCGCUGCAUCUGUCCGUCUGGAUAUUCAGUGCAGAACGACCAGUGUAUCGACAUCAACGAGUGUGAAGUGGAGCCCAACCUCUGCCUGUUCGGUGAAUGCACCAACACCCCAGGCAGCUUCCAGUGCAACUGUCAGCCAGGCUUUGUGCUGUCCGACAAUGGGAGGCGCUGCUUUGAUACGCGGCAGAGUUUCUGCUAUACCAGCUUUGAGGGCAUGAAGUGCUCCGUGCCCAAAGCCUACAACACGACUAAAACCAAAUGCUGCUGCAGCAUGAUGCCAGGGGAGGGCUGGGGCGAUCCCUGUGAGCUGUGCCCACGUGAGGGAGAAGCUGCCUUCCUUGACCUUUGUCCCUACGGCCAUGGAAGCAUACCUGGCAUUGGAGACACCCGUGAAGACAUGAACGAGUGUCAGGAAAACCCUGGGAUCUGUGUGAACGGGAUAUGCAUCAACACGGAUGGCUCCUUCCGCUGCGAGUGCCCCUUCGGAUACAACUUGGACUAUACCGGCGUCAACUGCGUAGACACGGACGAGUGCUCCAUCGGGAACCCCUGCAGGAACGGGACCUGCACCAACGUGGUGGGCGGCUUCGAGUGCGCCUGUCAGGAGGGCUUCGAACCCGGGCCCAUGAUGACAUGCGAAGAUAUCAACGAGUGCGCCCUCAACCCCCUGCUCUGCGCCUUCCGCUGCAUCAACACCUUCGGCUCCUACGAGUGCACCUGCCCAGCAGGCUACACCCUGCGAGAGGACAACAGGAUGUGCAAAGACCAGGACGAGUGUGCCGAGGGGCUCCACGAUUGCGAAUCCCGAGGGAUGACCUGCAAGAACCUCAUCGGCACCUUCAUGUGCAUCUGCCCAGUGGGCAUGCAGCGCCGGCCGGAUGGGGAGGGCUGCAUGGACACCAACGAGUGCCGGACCAAGCCUGGCAUCUGCAAGAACGGGCAGUGUGUCAACACUGUGGGGAGCUACCGCUGCAACUGCAAUGAGGGCUUCCAGGCCAGCCCCACUGGCACAGAGUGCAUCGACAACAGGCAGGGCUUCUGUUUCACCGAGGUGUUGCAGACCAUGUGCCAGCAGUCGUCCACCAACCGCAACUCCGUCACCAAGUCCGAGUGCUGCUGCAACGGGGGCCGUGGCUGGGGCUCCCACUGUGAGCUCUGCCCACUCCCCGGCACAGUCCAGUACAAGAGGAUGUGUCCCCUGGGGCCGGGCUACACCACUGAUGGCAGAGAUGUGGAUGAGUGCCGGGUGCUUCCUGACCUGUGCAAGCAUGGCCAGUGCAUCAACACCCGCGGUUCCUACCGCUGCCACUGCAACACGGGCUACACCACGGACCUGACCAGCACCACCUGCGUCGAUUUGGACGAGUGUUCGCAGUCCCCCAAGCCGUGUAACUUCCUGUGCAAGAACACCGAGGGCAGCUACGUGUGCUCCUGCCCCCGGGGGUACAUCCUGCAGCCUGAUGGCAAGACCUGCAAAGACCUUGACGAGUGCUCCACCAAGCAGCACAACUGCCAGUUCCUGUGCAUCAACACCAUCGGCAGCUUCACCUGCAAGUGCCCUCCUGGCUUCACCCAGCACCAGUCGGCCUGUAUUGACAACAACGAGUGCACAUCCCAGCCCAACCUGUGCGGCACCCGGGCGUCCUGCCAGAACACGCCUGGCAGCUUCAGCUGCGAGUGUCAGAAGGGCUUCUCCCUGGACGGCACGGGCCUGGACUGCGAAGAUGUGGACGAGUGCAGCAGCAACCACCGCUGUCAGCACGGCUGCCAGAACAUGCUGGGGGGCUACCGCUGCGGCUGCCCCCAGGGCUACGUGCAGCACUACCAGUGGAACCAGUGUGUGGACGAGAACGAGUGUUCCAACUCCAACACCUGCGGGUCGGCCUCCUGCUACAACACCCUGGGCAGCUUCAAGUGCGUGUGCCCGUCGGGCUUCGACUUCGAGCAGAGCGCGGGCGGCUGCCAGGAUGUGAACGAGUGCUCCAUGGGCAGCAACCCCUGCAGCUUCGGCUGCUCCAACACGGAUGGGGGAUACCUGUGCGGCUGUCCUGGAGGGUACUUCCGAGCAGGGCAGGGGCACUGCAUCACCGGGCUUGGGUUUGGCCAGGGCCAGGGCCAGGGCCAGGGCCAGUACCUCAUCCCGGAGGAGGACGACGAGAGCGCCCUGUCCCCGGAGACCUGCUACGAGUGCAAGAUCAACGGCAACUACGACAAGGGCGCGCGGCACAAGCGCAGCACUGGGGACAACACGCUGCAGCAGGAGUCCCGUGUGAGCCUGGCCAGUGUGGACACCCAGGCCGCCAUUCCCAUGAACCUGAGCCUGGCCAUGCUGCAGAACAAGGAGCCCAUCCUGGAGCUGCUGCCCGCCAUCGAGCCUCUGGAGCACCACGUGCGCUACGUCAUCACCCACGGCAACCAGAACGGCCACUUCCGCAUCCUGGAGCGCCGCGACGGGAAGAGCGUUCUGCGCCUGGGGCGCAAGGCCCCCGCUCCCGGGUCCUACCGCCUGGAGAUUGCCAGCCUGCCCAUCUUCGGCCCGCGCCGGCUACGCCAGCUGGAGGACGAGCACGACGCCAAUUACCUCCUGGGGGAGAUUGGGGACGCGCUGCGGAUCAAACUGCACAUCCACCUUCACUAAAGAGCCCUCCCCUGCCCCCGUUCCCCGGCCAGCUCCCUUUCUCCCCCUGCCCCGCCUCUCCCCUGCUCAUCCAGGCCUCUCUUUGAAAGGAAAAGCUGAAACGUUCAGGAGCCACCUUUUGCCUCGGCGUCCCAGCGAAGAGGUUUGUGAGAAGACGCGCGCCGUUCGGGCCGCGUUUCCUCGGCAGUGCCUGGAGCCUGCGCGCACGGCAGGCUGGGGCAGUAGCGCCGGUGCUUCUCCGAGGCCCAUUCCAGCGCCCUCAGCCCCUGCUCUGCGUGCCAAGAUGGAAGUCUGGGAGCACGGGGGAGCUCCGGAGGCAGAACUGCAGGGUCUGGGAGAACUACAGUAAGUCCAGUCCUUGAUGCUGACAGGCCAGCAGCAUUGCUAGGUCUCCUUUAAUCAGCAGCAGCACAAGGCCGAUUGGCUACAGGCUUUAACUGAACCAAUCAAACCCCCCUGCACAGGUCUGCUGCCACCUCAGAGCAGGCAUGUCGAACCCGGUUCCUGCAGGGCCCGCUAUCUUCUGAUUUUUAUUCCUCUAGAGCUCUCAGUUACAGAGCUGGCCUAAUUAAUUAACACUUAACCAGGCCCGAAGGUGUUUCAUAGGUAACAGUUUUAUCACUGCAAUGAGUAGAAUGAAGUGAGUAGUAUAAUUAUACAGUAUAUAUAGUCAUGAUAAUACAUCAAUAAUUAUCAGUAAAAGACCUUGAGAAAACUCCCUUUAUUUUUUA